CGCCGGAGUGGGGCUGGAGGCGGGGCCGGGGCCCGGCGCGGGGCCGCCCUGCCCGGUGAGGUCCCGCAGGAGGAAGUAACAGGAAGACCAUCUGACGUCAGGUAAGAACCCGCAGCACGAGUCACUGAAGGAGAGAAAUUGGACGUUCCUGUUGGCUCCAUAAGUGCCUAUGGAUUAUGGCAGGGAAAGUGAAAUGGGUCACUGAUAUCGAGAAGUCGGUGCUGAUAAAUAACUUUGAAAAGAGAGGAUGGGUCCAAGUGACAGAAAACGAGGACUGGAACUUCUACUGGAUGAGUGUGCAAACCAUCCGAAACGUUUUUAGUGUCGAAACUGGCUAUCGGCUCUCAGACGAUCAAAUAGUCAACCAUUUUCCGAACCACUAUGAACUGACCCGGAAGGAUCUGAUGGUGAAGAAUAUUAAAAGAUACAGGAAGGAGCUGGAGAAAGAAGGGAGUCCUCUGGCAGAAAAAGAUGAAAACGGGAAAUACCUCUACCUGGACUUUGUUCCGGUCACCUACAUGCUGCCCGCGGACUACAACCUGUUCGUGGAGGAGUUCAGGAAAAGCCCCUCCAGCACCUGGAUCAUGAAACCUUGUGGCAAAGCCCAGGGAAAGGGCAUCUUUUUGAUCAACAAGCUCUCGCAGAUCAAAAAGUGGUCCCGGGACAGCAAAACAUCUUCGUUUGUGACCCAGUCCACCAAGGAGGCCUACGUGAUCUCCCUGUACAUUAACAACCCGCUGCUGAUCGGCGGGAGGAAGUUUGACCUGCGCUUGUACGUGCUGGUGUCUACGUACCGCCCACUGCGCUGUUACAUGUAUAAACUUGGAUUCUGCCGCUUCUGCACGGUGAAGUACACCCCAAGCACCAGCGAGCUGGACAACAUGUUUGUUCAUCUCACCAACGUCGCCAUCCAGAAGCACGGGGAGGACUACAACCACAUCCACGGGGGCAAGUGGACGGUGAACAACCUGCGGCUGUACCUGGAGAGCACCCGAGGCAAGGAGGUGACCGGCAAGCUGUUCGACGAGAUCCACUGGGUCAUCGUGCAGUCGCUGAAGGCCGUGGCGCCGGUGAUGAACAACGACAAACACUGCUUCGAGUGCUAUGGCUAUGACAUCAUCAUCGACGACAAGCUGAAGCCCUGGCUGAUUGAGGUGAACGCGUCCCCGUCUCUCACCUCCAGCACCGCCAACGACCGAAUCCUUAAGUAUAACCUGAUCAAUGACACCCUCAAUAUCGCAGUCCCUAAUGGCGAGAUUCCAGACUGUAAAUGGAACAAAUCACCCCCGAAGGAAGUUCUUGGCAAUUACGAAAUUCUCUAUGAUGAAGAGCUGGCGCAGGGCGACGGGGCCGACCGGGAGCUGAGAAGUCGCCAGGGCCAGUCGCUGGGGCCCAGAGGGGGCCGAUCGAGAGACUCGGGGAGAACCGUCCUCACAACCUGGAAGUGACCACCAGGAGGCGCAGAAGACCGCAGCCCGACCCUCCCAAAUGCUCCCCGCACCUGGGCCUAUUUUGAAAUUUCCUUUUUUCUAGAGCUUUUUUUCCUUUCGUAAGCCCUGUAAAUAAAUAAAGGCACUUCUUUGAAAGGUUAAGGAGUGUCUCGCGAGGGAGAGGGGCCCUGCUUCUCCGUCACUCUCGCACGGUACCGCGGGCCCCAGACAGGGGGGGUUUUUCCCACCCCAAGCGAUUCUGCGCGUCUCCGGCUGGUGCUGGGUGUCCCACGAUUUAACUCAAUUCUGACACCAUCUGCCUGGAGAUGGCGUCGGAUCCCACGGGUGAAGGGCCCACGUCCCGCGAGACGGCCCCUCCCGCGCCCCCACUGAUGCGCUUUUGAAGUGACGGUCGGGGUGCGGGGCCCACGGCCAAGAAAGAAUUCUUGAGACGUCUUUGGUGCGAAAAGGUGAUUCUGUUAAAGCACGUGGACAGGACCCUGGGCAGAAAGCUGCACUGGGGUCGUGAGGCGUGACUGGUUCUAUACCACAGAGUUAGGGGAGGUGAGGGAAGGCCAAAGGGAGGCCUCCAAAAGGACUUUCAGGGGCGCCUGGGUGGCUCAUUCGGUGAAGCGUCCAACCUCGGCUCA